AGUAAUAUAUACAUGAGCGUCGCGACGCCGCUUCAUUCAGUAGGUUUAUUCUUAUCGGUAGAAGCAGUCAGUAGUUGCCGCAGGUGCUUUCCGCAAAGUGCGAUCGUGAUUUGUGUUCGACGAUUCAUUUUGUGCGGUCAGACUAAUUUUGGUUCUUUUUCACAAUUGGUUAUCCACCCAUCAAUGAUCGACAUCGUUCAGAAAAUGAAAACGGAGGACAAGAAUAAUAUGCCAAAAGUUCGUAUAGCAGUCAUUGGAAAAUCGAAUGUUGGAAAAUCAGCGUUGACCGUUCGAUACUUGACAAGGCGCUAUAUUGGAGAAUACAGGAGCAACACAGGUACGUAAAGAAUAAGUCACGUUUAGGCUUA